CCAAAUUCAAUUACUAAUUUGUAUUUAGCACUCGGGCAACCGACUGAUAUGUACAUUUAAUACACAUGUUACUAUAUAUAGUAACAUUUUAACGUUGUCAGAAUAGUCAUUAUCGGCGCGGCGGGACCAUUAUCAUCAAAAUUGAUAAUAGCCCCGGGGCUAUUAUCAGUCACGUGACCGAUAAUGACCCUGCGAUUGUCCGCACGUGCAACGUGACGCAAUUUCACGUUGUUGAAGAUGGCUGACGGAGUAGACAUGGGUGAACGUACGCUCGAAAAUUUAGCCAACAGGCUACUUCAACUGGAUUCUGCCAUCGAAAAAAAUGAACAUUUCACUGAGGCACAAGCCCGGCAAUUCAUUGAAGCAAAGAAAAACAAGGCUACGGUAACAAAAACUAGGAGUGACAUGAAAAAGGUGAACGAUUGGCUGAAUGAUGACGGCGAGACCCGCCAGAUCAAAGACAUUCCACCAAAGGAGCUAGAUAUUCUUCUAUCCAGAUUCCUGCUCAGUGUCAAGAAGACCAAGCUUUCGGCAGAGGCGAAUGGCCCCGCUGCAACCAACUUCGAGCCAUCUACCCUGCGUGGCAUCUUGUCAAGUGUAAAGAGACACCUGUCCGAGAAUGAGUACGAAGGCGAUGUCAUGGGCGGAAAAGAGUUCAAACUCACACGGGACACGCUAAAAGCGAAAUGCGUGGACUUGAAAGAAAAGGGACUUGGCAACAAAAAACAGAGAGCCGAUCCCUUCACUUCCUCAGAGAUUCAACAACUCUACGAAAAGGAACUUCUUGGAGCCGCCCCUCCAAUUUCCCUCACAAAUACCAUUUGGCUUAACAACACCAUGCACCUUGGAUUGCGAGGAAGACAGGAGAACUUGACCAUGUUGUGGGGGGACUUGGAAUUAAGCCAGACCUCCGAUGGUGUGAGUUACUUGGCCUUCACGGAGAAGCCGACAAAAACAAGAAACGGAGUUGCUGGUGACCACAGGCAAUAUGUACCUAAGCUCUUUGAACAGCCAGGAGACCCAAACUGCCCUGUAAGGUUAUAUCAGCUUUACAAGGAAAAGAGACCACCUCAGAUGUCCGCCCCAGAAACAAGGUUUUAUGUAGCCCUGAAUCCAAAUUUUGGAAAGGGAACAGAAUCAAAUGAUCUCUGGUUCAUCAACCAAAACCUGGGAAAAAUAAAUUGGGACAACUGGCCAAAGCCAUGAGUGAGCAGGCUGGAUUUCAGACUAGGCAUGUUAAUCACUCUGCAAGAAAAACAUGCAUUACAAAUUUGCUGGAUGCCGAUUGUUUCCCCACUGAGGUGGCACAGCUGACUGGUCACAAAAAUCUGAUGUCUCUAAAUCAUUACCAUACAAACAAUAUAGAAAAGCAGCAAAACAUGUCCAAUAUUCUUCACAUGCGUAAGAGAAAAGAACCAGUGGCAAAUCCAGAACCAGAACCAGUUACAGCAUCCCAGGAAAUUGAGCAAGCGCUAUCCUCCAUCCAAACAUAUGAAGAGAUUCCUGUAAGAAAACCAACACAUGAUGAAGCUGAACAAGUUUUAGACCUUCCCAUUAAACAAAGCCCAGGCGGAACACUGACCCUGCAAAAAAUAUGAAGGACACUCAGUCACUGUUUAAUGGCUGCACCUUUAAUGGGCCUAUCAGCAUUAAUUUGAGAAAUUAGGAACCAUACAGUAUGCAUGCAUAACUGGUACUGCCUCCUUAAGUUGUAGGCACUGGAAUGAGUGAACAAAGUUAUUCUGCAUACAUAUUUUAUUCCAUUCAUCCACUGUUAUUAUUAUAUUGUUUUUAUUUCACAUGUUUUUGGGUUGAAAAAUGUUCUUUUAUCUUCACUUCCUGUGAAAUAAAUGUGUGCUACAUGUAUUUUAUUUCAAUUUGCUUUUCCAGUAUCGGCAUAUCGACAGACUACUGAAUACUUGAGUCAAAACAUGUGUAUUAAACAGUUCAAUAUAUGGCCGCGCGGGGCCAAUGAGUGAUAAUAGCCCCGGCAUAUCGAUAAUGGCCCUCGG